CACCUGGUGUUAGGCAGUUCUGGUGUGAUUCCGGGAUGAAACCCUGUCUUGUUCCCUAGGGGAUGGAGACAGUGUGUCGAGAGUGGGAUGGGCAGCCUGAGGCGCCGCGUGCCGAGACAACCGUGGUCUCCUGGCUCAGCAGAGAUGAAUGGGAUCAAGUGACGGUUUAUCUGUUCAGUGAUGAUCAGAAACUACUGCGGUACGCGCUGAACCGUAUUUCAGUAUGGAGGAGCAGGUUAGGCAACGACCUGCCCAUAGCAAUAUCUUCUACUGCUGACCUGGUACGAUGUAAGCUCCAGGAUAUAUCUGGUGGCUUGGGCCCUGAUGAACUCAAACUGCUCUAUGGCAUGGCAUUGGUCAGGUUUGUGAAUCUUAUCUCAGAGAGGAAGACAAAAUGUGCUAACCUUCCCCUCAAGUACCUGGCCCAGGAGAUGAACAUCCCAGACUGGAUUGUUGAACUUCGCCACAAGUUGACCCACAAGAAAAUGCCCCAUAUAAAUGACUGCCGCAAAGCUUGCCACUUUGUCCUGGAUUGGCUCCAGAAGACCUACUGGAGCUGUCAACUGGAGGAAAGCCUGAAAGUAACCUGGGAGUUGGAAGAGGACCAGGAAGAAACAGAGGAACAUCAAGAAGAGGAAGGUGAAACUAUUGUUGAGGAUGUAAUAGAAGAGCAACCAGAGCCUCAGGAUGACAAAAAUGAUGAGUUGGAUGUUGAGGAUGAUGCCAACAAUAACGGCAAUGAAGAGGUAUCUUCUCAUCCAGAACCGACCCCAAGACAUAAAGAGUUGUAUGAAAAAGCACGAAAAUUGCUGUUAUCAUAUGAAGAAGAGCAGUUUACGGUGCUGGAGAAAUAUAGGAAUUUACCUCAGGCUGUUAAGGUAUGGAAUAAGCUUUCCCCAAGUGUAAAGUGUAUCCUGGAAGAACUCAAGGGCAUUACAUCGGAGAACAGGGAUGCUUUGCUGGAUACUUUUCUGGAUGAUGGCUUCCUCAUUCCCACUUUUGAGCAGUUGGCAGCUUUGCAGAUAGAGUAUGAAGAAAACAUUAGCUUGAAUGAAGUCUUGGUGCCAACGCCAUUCUCUCAGUUCUGGCAGCCCCUGCUCAGGGGCCUGCACACCCAGACCUUCACACAGGCCCUGCUGGAGAGGAUGUUCUCUGAGUUGUCUACCCUGGGGAACACUGGGAUCCGGCCUACCUACAUCCUUAGAUGGACCGUUGAACUGAUCGUGGCCAACACUAAGAUUGUACGUCAUGCUCGGUGGUUGUCUGCGAGCCAGUGGGAAGCAAGAAAGAACUGGAGACUCUUCAACUGUUCUGCCUCUCUUGACUGGCCCCAAGUGAUUGAGAUAUGUUUGGGGUCUCCGUGCUGGGCCACACGACAACUCCUUCAGCUAGUCUACAAAGCCAUGGGAAAGGUUUUGCCAGAGGAGGAGCAGGACAAGCUACUCCAGGCCUCUUCCAUUCAUAUUCAGAGUAAAGAGAAUGUCACAGCAAAGGCAAGUGGAAGUUCUACCUCCAAUGAGAUAAGUCCAUUCUCAUCGGAUACCUUACAUCAGAACCUACAAUCAUCUAAUGCUAACUGUGAAUCUGAAGAAAAUAUUCAACAGAAGGAGCAAAGCAGCCCUAAAAAUGCCAAGCAAGAGGAGGAAGAGGAAAACAAGGAGGAGCAGCAGGAGGAACAGGAAGACAUUGAGGAAGAAGAGCCAAAUAUCUUUCAAGAUCAGAUGGAGGACAAUGUAGAGGAAAGUGAUGACUUAAAAGUAGAGGAAGAAAAAAGGAAUGAUGAUAAUGAAGAUGAAGACAGAAUGGAGAUGGAUUUAUCUUUCCUGCAAGAAUCCUAUACUUUUGAGAACACUAGCAACAUUUCUGAGACACAAGAAGCUUUGAGGGGUUCAGCAUGGCAAGUAAGCUCUGAGGAUGUGCGGUGGGGUACAUUCCCUAUAGGCCGAAUACCAGGUCAGACUGAGGAUCCAGACGAGCUUAUGUUGGAGAAUUAUGAUACCAUCUAUCUUUUGGACCAACCUGUACUAGAGCAGCAGCUAGAACCUCCAGAGUCCCAGAGUAGCACUGCAAACCCAAAUUGUAACAGGGAAAACUCUGACAGCAGCAAUGGCAGAAAUAGGGAGCGCCUUUACUGGAGCCCAGAAGAAUUGGAAAGGGUCAAAGCUGGCCUGCAGCUUUUCUGAUGGCUGUCCUGAUGCAAGUGUCAAUGUAAUCCUGACAUAGUCCCAGCCCAGUCAUGAAUCCACCCAUGGUACAGACUGGAAAACCUGGGAGACCGUUCAGAUCAGCCAUAUCAAUUCAGCUUUAAACCACAAUGGAAAUGUGAAUGAUUUUCUGUUUUGUUUUGAAAGAUAAUAAACAGAUUUUCGUCAUGGUGUUUGUGAAAUAAGACAUGCAUGUGUUCCGGUAGAAUAUUGUAAUUCUCCCUUUACUUUGUGGCUAUUCUAAAGAUGUUGAGAUGUAACAAGGCUUUUGAAUAGAAGUCGGAGCCUAGGAACUAUUAUGUGUACCAAUUUUGAUUGCUUUCCUAGUGACACUGUAGCCACACCUGCCUCGCUCCUUAAACUUACUUCUGCUUCACUCCCCUGCAAUGUGGGCCAGCCUAUAUGAAAGAAUCAGAGCCCAGAGAAGAGCCAUCACUGUCUAUAGAGCCUAGUGAACAUCUGAGGCAUGGAGCUUUGUAGAGAGCAGGGUGUGGGAGAAAGAUCCAGUUUUUCCUUUAUUGAAUAACAAACAGGAAUUGAAAGCUAAAAUGUUAUUAUACAUACUCCUGCAGUGGGCUUUGGAGCUACAUAAGGCCCCAGAAACAUAGGCCUAACCUGUACCCUGUGUCGGCCAUUAGCUGAAAGAUGAAGGUAGAACCUUUAGCUUAGUGAAGAAUGUCAGAGAUAGUUAUGGCUCUUCCAGUAGCUUAAGAGGUUUCCCUAAGUAGCUAUUUCAAGAAAUGUUAAUACUUUGUUGUAGAUGCUUUUUCAGAAAGUCAACAUGUUCUGUACCCUGCCUGUUCCUAAGCCACUCUAAGCUGGGGAUGGUACCCAGAGCCUCAGCCGUGGUAGGAAAUUAUUUUCAUCACCAAGCGUGGACAGGGGUUCUAACUUGAGUUAGGGCCUUUAGGGAGUGUAUAGCAUCUGAAAGGAUACACUGUUAGACUCACAGCAUUCCAUGAAUCUACCAGCACAGCAGGCUUUUGCAUUGGUUAAUACAAAGGUGUCCCUACCACCAUCACCACCAAUGCUUCGUUCCUACAAUGGCAAAGGCUAAAGAUUUUCUAGCAUACUAGAAAGUCAAUGAUAGAAGUGUCUUCAAGGAACUUCUGGUUUUUUUUUUUAAUUUUUAUCUAACUUUUAUUAAUUACACUUUAUUCCUUUUGUAUCCCCCCAUAAGCCCCUCCCUCCUCCCCUCCCGGUCCCCCCCUCCCCCCCUUUCUGCAUGCAUGCCUCUCCCCAAGUCCACUGAUAGGGGAGGUCCUCCUCUCCUUCUUUCUGAUCUUUUUUGUUUUUGUUUGUUUGUUUGUUUGUUCUUCUCAAUGCAGUUUAUUCAGGAACCUUGAACAAUCUUCUGACCCUGGGGAAAGCCAGCCAACAGCUUAAAAUAGCCUCUGGGUAGCCAACCCCAGCGUGCCUCAUGGGCAAUGCAGAUAGGUCCACAUAACACGGAAGCAAGCCAGAUCCUCAGCCUUAGCCAAAUAUGGAGUUGUUUGUGACAGAGAGCACUCACCAUCUGGAAGGUGGAAGGCAGAAACCAGCUCCAUCUUUAAGGCACGGCAUUACGCAGCUCUCUACCCCUUUUUGUUUUAGACGCAUCAGGCAAGAGUAGAGGUCUGAUCUCUGAUAUUAGAAAUAAAUUGGGACUUUGUACCAAUGUUCAUUUAGGUGUCAUCCACUCAAAGAGCAUCAGACCCGACCUAUACCUUUUUCUCAGAGGCGGGACCUGGGGCAUCAACCCGCAUGCAAUCAGACAUGCUCUUCUCUGGGUCGAAAGCAGCUGACCCUGAGUGCAGUGCUUAGCCUCGCAUCCUGAGCGUAACAUUUUAGCUUUUUAUGGUAGCCAACCAUGCUUGGGGAGACUGUCCUGCUUCAAUGGCUGUAAAGGCCUGAAUGAUCAUGGCUGCAUUACGCUGUUGUGAGACUCUAAUCUUGCAUAUACACCACAGGCAAACCAAGGAGACCAACACCAGAAGGCCUGCUAACCCUCCCAUGCCUGCCCAUUCCUUCAGAUGAGUCAUGGCUGCAGCAAUCCAUGAUGAUAAUCCUGUGGCUAGUCCUGCGUCCACUCUGGUAGAAUUUACCGUAACAAUGGCCACUCUCAGGUGCUCCAUCAUAGUAUCGAAUUCUUCAGUCCAAUUACCUAAAAUAUAGCUAGACAAUUGUUUAGACGGAUUUGCAGCACGGGAAAAAUUCUCAUAUUGUGUGCUAGUGACACAAAGUCCAGCAUACUUCCAUUGACAGCCAAGUUGAGCGACUUGCCAUAGGGUAUCAAUUUGCUCCUGCACGAGGUCAAUCCUCUGAUUGAACACCAUCAAGUCUCCUUUUAGUUGAGCAUUAAUUCCUUUUUGUACAUCUAAAGCAUGAGCUACAUUGGCUAAAAGAUUAUUUAGGGUCUGAGCAGUCUGCAUAGUAUGACUCAUGGCUAAUGCCACGGUGGAAGCUCCAACAGCCGCCAAUGAGAUGGCAGUAGCAAUGGCGGCUGCAAUUCCAAGAUCCCUUUUCUGUCUGAAGACACGAAUCAGGGAUUUAAAAAUGUGAGGAUACACACCCCAUGGUCUGGGGAGAUGAUGCCACAAGCUUUCAGUUCUAGUCUUUUAGAGUAGUUCUCACUUUAUUGCAUAUGUUUUGGGAACUCACAUACCAUUGCUUUUUAAAGACUAGUUUUUCUACUAGAAAAAAAAAAAGGUUUGACAAUAAUAGUUCUUGUUUGGUCGUCCCCCCUGCAACCUCCAGUGUAUGUACACACAUUUUUACCUCUUUUUUUCCCACACACUUCCUUGGAAUCUUUUUUCCCCUUGCGCCCCUAAUCUAGUCUCCUGCUUUUGAAGUGCAUUGAGAUACUGAGACAGACAAAAGAGAAAUGAUUUACCCAUGGAUAAAGAACAGUUGUUAGUUCGGUGUAGAUCAGUGUUUCCUGAAACAUCAUCAUCUGGAUUUUUAUUAGGAUCAAAUCAGACUCCACUCCUUACCUGAAUCAAUGGUUGGGGAAUAGGCCACAAUCUAUAGUUUUGACAUAAGUGGGAUUAUUUUGGUGCAAAAUGGAGUUUGGAAUGUACUGGUAGACAGGUAAAAGCUGCCUAAAGACAGGUUCUAGGCACAUGUCACUACUUAAUUGGAGCAAUCUUAAGCAAAUCAUACCAUUUUCAUAAAUCUGCAAGAAAUUUACCUUUGAAACUUUAAAAUAUCAUACUUAACAGGAUAGAUUUGAAAAGGCUCUUCAGGAUCUGGGAAGAUGGCUCAGUGAGUAGGUAGAUGUGAGUGCUUGAGGACCUGAGUUCAAAUCCAAAGCACCUGCAUAAAAGUCAAGGCAUGGCUGAGCACGGCUAUAACCCUACCAUCAGAGGAAAGGACACCUUUAAUUCAAGAGCCUUCUGGGCAGCCAGAUUAGCCAAAAUGGUGAGAUUCCAGUUCCCUGGUACAAUCCUGUCUCAAGGCAGUAAGUUGGUGAGCAAUACAGGAAAGCCCUUGAGGUUUCCUGCACUCUACAUGUAUACACACAGGCACAUACCCCCACACAUGUGCAUUCACCGUACACUUACACUGUACACAAAACACACACACAUGUUUUCUGGGGGAAAAAUGGACCUGUAACUAAAUUAAAAUGAAAAUUCUACAUUGGAUGCUAUCUUCUAAGAGUGUGAAACAGAGCUUGAUACAUGACAGGCCCUCAAUAAAUACUUAACUGAAUGAAAUGUUUUGUUUUGUUUUCCUGGACCAUAUCAGGUUUUAUAUGUGUGACUGGUGGCUACAGGCAAAACUUGUCUCAAAAGACAAGAAAAUGAUUUUUCCAAGCACACCUAUAAUUCUAGUUUUUGGAAGGCAAAAUUAGAAAAACAGAGAGUGUGUUCUGUGUGCAUGUGUGUGUGUGCCGGCGUGCGUGGGUGCGUGCAUGCAUGUGUGUGUGUGUGUGUGUGUGUGUGUGUGAAGUUCAAGGCCAGUUUGAGAUGCAUCACAAGGCUCUCAUCAAAAAGCUAAGGGCUGAUUCUGUACUUUGGUGGUAAAAUGCUAACCUAGCAUUUGUAAGAUUUUUGGGUGUGAUCAAUAGAAAAGAACCAUAAGAAG